CCCUUUGGCUUACAGUGAAUAGACUGAAGUAUUUUAUGUGUAUGGUCAGUGGUGCACUAUUUUCCACAUUAGCUGAGCUGGUUGGAAGCUCUGCUGUUAUUGGACGAGUUUGUAUCACAUGGCCCUCGUCACGUGCCCCCUGAGGAAAAAGGGGUGAUUUUUGGUGUAAAUCUAGACUGUAAUUCUGUAAUAUAUCACAGUACCUCGUAAAACCGACAGUAAAACCUCCCGGCCUACAAAUCACCGGUCAAAUUAUGAGUUCAUUGUAUUAUGCGAACGCUUUGUUUUCCAAAUAUCAAGCUGCAAGUUCGGUUAUUCCAAGUGGGGUCUUUCCCGAGCAAACUUCUUGCGCCUUUGCGUCCAGUUCACCGGGAGCCAGCAGUUAUGUCUCGGGCUCCGGCGGCGCAGGCUUCUCCUCCUCUUCCUCCACACUGUCGGGACUGUACAAUAACGCAGGGAACAUGCCCACCCAAACGCGCAGCAUGUAUCCCUCUGCGUACGGGCUGGGCACCGGCUCUCUGAACAUGCACUGCUCCCACUUUGAACACCCCAACCUCUCCAUGAUUUGCUCCGGUGGUGACCCGUCCAAGGUGUCCAACUGCGGUAAGGCGGAGCAGAGACAGAACGAAGACAGUUUACGGAUCUACCCCUGGAUGAGAAGCUCAGGUGCAGACAGGAAGCGAGGUCGACAGACGUACACGCGUUACCAGACGCUGGAGCUUGAGAAGGAGUUCCACUUCAAUCGCUACCUGACUCGCCGAAGACGCAUAGAGAUCGCUCACGCGCUGUGUCUCACCGAGAGGCAGAUCAAAAUCUGGUUCCAGAACCGGAGGAUGAAGUGGAAGAAGGAGAACAAGACGCCCGGACGGAGCUCCCCUGCAGCCGAACCGCCGGGGGGCGAGGAGGACGAAGAUGAAGACGAGUAGCGACGGUUUAAAGGACGGUGAAAAGACUAAUGGGCACUACAUGAGACUGAUAUUAUAUUAAAACCGUAGGGGGAAACCGUGUCCCCCCUAUUCUUACACUGAGUUAAACAUACAAUGCUACCUAUAAGAUUAAUGAUUCAUUCAUGUAGUCUAAAGCCACGUCUUGUUUUGUUAAAAG